AGACAGACUGAGAGACAGAGAGAGAUGGGAGCCUGAAGUUAAACUUUGUUCUGCCUGAGUAUUACUUACGCUACUUACAUGUGUGUUGGUGAAGGAGUCAGAAUAAGAGAGCGCUAGUGAGCAUGCAUGAUUUAUAGGAAGUUUUGCUUGGUAGUCUUUAGGUCUGAGCAGCUCACUCUGCCACCACUUGAUUCAUCUGACUUGAUGAGGGGGGGAGCUGACCAUUCUUGACAAUGCCGUCUUUUGAUGAGGUCUUAAAAGAGGCUGGGGAGUUUGGAAGGUUUCAAAAGAAGGUCUUCUUCCUCCUUUGCCAGACUGGCAUAACUUUUUCUUUUUUGUUUGUUGGAGUUGUGUUUAUUGGACAAAAGCCCGAACAUUAUUGGUGUAGGAUCCCUUGUGCAGCUGAAUUAAGCAAACGUUGUGCAUGGACCUUUGAAGAGGAGUACAAUAUUACUGUUCUGGCUUCAAGUCUGAUGAAUUAUUCGUCCCAGUGCAAGAGAUAUGACAUCCAGCAGAACUGCACCUAUUACAGCUGUACCGACGUCCCACUGUCUCAUCUUCCUAACAGCAGCUUAGGCAAGGUGCCACUUACUACAUGCCAGGAUGGUUGGCAUUAUGACAAGCCCCAUUCGAGCAUUGCCAGUGAGUUUAACCUUGUGUGUGGAAACAAAUGGAUGAUAGACACAACACAGGCUGUUCUCAAUCUGGGUUUUUUAAUAGGAGGAUUCACUCUAGGUUAUGCUGCCGACAGAUAUGGCAGAAUCAUCAUUUAUCUCUGCUCUGCCUUUGGAGCCGGAUUGUGUGGUCUCAUAGGGGCUUUUGCAGAAAAUCUUGUCGUAUUUUCAAUAAUUCGCUUUCUGCAAGGUGUAUUUGGAAAAGGAACCUGGAUGACAGCUUUUGUUAUUGUGACAGAGAUUGUUGGUUCAGAAGAUCGGAGGAUUGUUGGGAUUAUAAUUCAGGUCUUCUUCACUCUUGGAGUUAUAAUUCUUCCUGGAAUUGCUUAUUUAAUUCCAACAUGGAAGGGGAUUCAGCUAGCUACAACACUCCCCAACUUCCUUUUCCUGCUGUAUUACUGGCUGAUACCUGAAUCUCCACGGUGGCUACUAACUCGCAAACAAGGAGAAAAGGCCCUUGAGGUUAUGCAGUCCAUUGCCAAAGAGAAUGGGAAAUGCCUUCCACCACAUUUUUGUGAGAUUACAGUCUCUGAUAAAGAAGCUGAUAAUCCUUCUCUGCUUGAUCUGGUUAAGACACCACAGAUGAGAAAAAUCACUCUAAUCCUAAUGUAUGCCUGGUUCACAAGUGCAGUAGUUUAUCAAGGCCUUGUCUUGCGCCUAGGGAUCAUAAAAGGAAAUCUCUAUCUGGAAUUCUUCAUCUCAGCAGUGAUGGAACUGCCUGCAGCUUUUUUAAUUUUAUUGACAAUUGACCGCAUUGGGCGACGUCCCCUCUUUGUUUCAAGUGCAAUAGUGGCCGGUGUUGCAUGCUUAAUUACUGCAUUCAUACCUAAAGAUAUGUCAUGGUUAACUACAUCAGUAGCCAUCCUGGCAAGACUCGGGAUCACCAUAACGUUUGAGCUUGUAUAUCUUGUCAAUUCUGAAUUGUAUCCUACAGUAUUCAGAAACUUUGGUGUCUCUCUCUGUUCAGGUUUGUGUGAUAUCGGGGGCAUUGUAGCCCCUUUUCUACUCUAUCGCCUAACAGAUAUCUGGUCGGAGCUUCCUUUAAUCGUCUACUGUAUACUGGCUGUUUUGUCUGGGAUUCUAGUCAUACUUCUACCUGAGACAAAGGGACUGCCCUUACCAGAGACAAUAGAGGAUGUGGAACAACUGUCAAGCAGCAGUAGACAUUGUGGGAAAAACAAAAAUCAAAAUUCCAGCACCUAUGUUUGAUGUUUUGUCACGUGCUCUACAGACCAUCCAUAGUCACCUGGUUCUUGGUUUGAUGUCCAUCAGAUGGCACCGUUAUUGUACCAGAUGGAGAAGAUGGAUCUGACUGUGUCAUAAUAAAUAUCCAUAAACGCAUCUCUUCAAAAUAUAAAGACAUAUAAAGACAUUA